GCGGCGAAGCUGGCGCUGGGUCCGGGCGGGGAGGCGGCCGGCGGCGCGCUGCCARUGCUGUUCCGCCUCAGCUGUGCUGGCCUGGUGUUUGUGUGCAAUGCUGUGAUGUGGACAGUCUUUACAAAAGCCUUACGACUCUCCUCCUCCUCAGCUGCUGCCUCYGUGACRACAACAGCCUCCAACUUCAUCUCUUCGGCUAUCCUGGGAAAAUUGCUCUUCGGGGAGAUGUGGACGCCUCUGUGGUGGGUCGGCCUUGCCAUGACUGUCUGUGGGCUCAUGCUGCUGCACACAGCUGCACCCCAGCUAGUGCAGGUUCCAGCAGAGAAGAAGGAAUGACAGCUGCUGCAGGGGUCAKGGUGCCAUGCUGCCUCUGCCCAGCCUGUCUCAUGAUGGCGUCCCCAGUCCCCACUGGCCUCUGAACACGUCGGCCACGGAGCUGCUGACCCUGCUCGCUGCGGAUCUGCUGACUUGCAUCGCAUCUUUCCUGGUGGUGGUGUGGUGGCAGUGACAGCCUCAGAGGGAGCUGGUCAACUCUGAGUCAGUAUUGUGAAAAUUGGGGCCAGAGGCUUAUCGGCCGCUCCUCCUCUUCACACCCUGUGGCUGUGGAGCUUUCCCAAUUCGKGGAAUGCUGAAAGUAAACAUGGUGGUUGUGGAAGGUGUUUGUGCAUCAGGAUUUUUCCAUGAAAGAACCUAUCCCAAAACAGAAAAGCAGUCAGAAUUAGAUGCUGAAGGCAGCUGAUAUUUCUGCUCUGCUGUUCCUGGCUUCCCUUUCUGUCUCUUGAAAGGGCUCUGUGCCUGGUGCUACCUGUGGAGCCUUUCAUUUAUUCCUUCCACUUCCUCUAUCAGUCACAUACACCUUUUAAUUUGCCGUUUGUAUCUGACAUCUUUAAUUUUCACUUACCCAUUCCUGAUGUUACUCACUGGAAUGUUGCUGCKCUUUCUUUUAAACCCUUUUCCAGAAUAGGGUUUUGAUUACACAAACUGUAAUUUUGGUACAACAGGCAGCAUAUGAACAGUCAGCUGGAAUGUCCAUCCACCAUCCCCACUCAAGUUGAAAAUUGCUUUAAUGUUUGGUCAAAUGGAGUUUCUCAAGUCAUGCUUUUUCUACACCUGUGGAUAAUGCAUAUUCCUGUUCAUGAGAUGUGAUCAACCAGAUCACUGGUAUCCAGGUAUCUGUUAAAUUUUGUAUCAGUGAUCACUCUGUGUUCAGAUGUCAGUUUGGUGRAUAUGUCACGAAUCAUCAUUUUUAAGGUAUCGGCUUCAUUUCAUUCCUCUGCCCACACCAUUUUUUUUUUUUACUUGGAAGUUCUUCAUUUGGAAUCCUAAUUAAGAAAUACAAUGAUGCCUGUAAAUGUAUGCAUCAUGCUGGUGAUAUCACUUGUUUGCUCUGGGCUUGCCAGGUUGUCUGUGUCAUCUUGUAAUGACAGGUGAGUCACACUUGUGGCAUGUGCAGAAAACCUAAGGACACAUUUCUGUGAGUGUCURUAUCAGAGCCUGUCUGGUCUGUCAUGACUAGCAAAUCUGCGCCAUAUCAAGUGUAAAAUAGACUUGUGGCUGGAAAUGCCACUGGAGUUGGGUUCGUGCAUUUUUCUUCUCUGAUCAGAAAAAAGAAAUGUCCUUGUCUCCCAGAAGAGGCCAAGAGCAGUUUGCUCCAGUGCCUGCCAUCCUAACWCACCACAUCUGGCAGCCAUGUCCCAAGAGGGGCAAAGCCUUUGGCUCUCCCCUCAGUGUGCUCUCAAGUCUUCCCCUCAAAGAAGAGAGCUGUAUAUGUGGUGGAGGAGAGGGCAGAGUGCUCGGAUUGCUUUUCCUCCUUACCGACAAGGGUCUUUGCACCUGGGAAGCUCUCUGGGUGGCAGCAGGGUAGGGUGGGACACAUCCAGAAGCUGGAACUUGGCACAGUGACCYAGUAUCCCUCAUAGGUCUGCAGACAUGACAAUAACUACACAUUUCUA